AUGAAGUUCUCAGCUUUCUUUGUUAUCGCCUCUGCCGCGUUCGCUGCCGCCGCCCCUGGCGUUGCCACCUUCUCCCAAGAGCGCGCUGCUCUCAACGAGAGUGCCCCCGCCCGCGACCGUGAGGACGGCGGCCGUGCUGAUCUCCGUGAGCCUGGACGAGAGGAGGACCGUGAAGGCGAGCGCGAGGAUGACCGAGAGGACCGUGCUGGCCGUGGUCGCCAGGAUGGUCGUCUCAACCGUGGCGGCCUUGCUUUCAGCCAAGUUGAUCUCAACUAUCUCCUCCGGAUCAACCAGCUCAACCUCGGCAAGCUCCAGGUCCUCAGCCAGCGAAACAACUUCAAUGUCGUCGUCUUCCAAGAUCUCUUCGCCUCUCGGGACUUCAGCCUCCAGUCUCUUCUCCAGCUCCAGCAACUCUCCACCAUGCUUGCUAUUGCCGAGACUGGUAUCUUUGAUCAGUUUGAGCUGUCUCGAUUGGACCUUGGCAACCUGAACCUUGGACUCAUCAACGGCAUUGCUGGCCUGAACUUGGCUCAGUUCAUCGAUGCUGCUCUGCAGCCCCAGAUCAACAUUAUCUCCAGAGAGGUCACCAACAACAUCAUCAUUGCCAAGUAA